AUGAGCAAGUAUCACAUCACCAGUGUCAGGGGUGCCUAUAUAAAUGGCAAGUCUGGAAAGUCACCUCCUUUUCCAACUAAUGCAGCAAAAGCCAAAUUGAUCAAUAAAGUGUCUCAGCAGCUUGGACACCCCACACGGUCAUUGAUUGGUUGGCUGGUAAAAGGAUUUCUAGUGAAAAAGAAUUGGAUCGUAGAGGUAAAAGCAGCAAAUCUGGCACAGAUCCAGCCCAAUAACACAGUCCUGGAAGUUGGAUUUGGACCCGGUUUGGGGCUCCAGGAAGCUCUCCGUUACCUAACUGACUCUACUGGUAUGCUGUAUGGACUUGACUACUCUGAAUACAUGCACAAAACGGCCAGUAGGCGACUCCAGAAGCAGAUAACUUCUGGAAAAGUACAGCUUAUACUGGGCAGCGUGGAGGACAUCCCACUACCGGACUCCAGUGUAGACAGAGUGUUUCACUGCAAUUGUUACUACUUCUGGCCAGACCUCAAGAAGGGUUCUGCAGAACUUCUCAGAGUGAUGAAACCAGAAGCACUGAUGGUUACCACUCUCAGACUGAAUACUGUCAAAACAGGGGUCUCAUUUGGGCUCCUAAGAGGUAAGGUGUGGCAGCCUGAACUCUACAUGGAGGCCCUGCAGGCCACUGGAUUCAAAGAUGUGCACAUGAAAGAAAUGGAAGACCUAGGCAUCAAGUUUAAUGCCAUUUUUGCUACAGCAUCCAAAUAAGACUCCA